GUUUCACUAACUGUUCCUCGCAGUCCUUCCUAAUCCGGACUCGGACCAUGUCUUCUGUCGCUAGGAUUUGCGAAUCCCCGGGGUGUAACUUGCCUGCCAAACUACAAUGCCCCACCUGCAUUAAUCUCGGAAUCCAAGGAUCAUUUUUCUGCUCACAAGAUUGUUUUAAAGAAAACUGGAAAACACACAAAGUUCUACAUAAAAUAGCCCAAGGAACAGAAUCCAGUGAAAAUGGCAGUAAUGAAUAUAAUCCCUGGCCACAUUUCAGAUUUACUGGUAAGCUGCGUCCUUUUAAACAAGCCACGAAAAGAACCGUACCUCCGAAUAUUGGGCGACCAGAUUAUGCUGAUCAUCCAGAAGGAGUACCCUUAUCUGAGCAACAGAUGAGGAAAUCGGCAUUCAUAAAGGUUUUAGACGAUGAAGAAAUUGAAGGAAUGCGGGUAGCUUGUAAGUUGGGAAGAGAAGUUCUUGAGGAAGCAGCAAAUGUUAUUGAAGUCGGCGUUACAACGGAUGAAAUUGAUAGAAUAGUCCACGAAGCUUGUAUAGAAAGGGAAUGUUACCCAUCUCCAUUAAAUUAUUAUCAAUUCCCAAGGUCUUGUUGUACUUCAGUUAAUGAGGUUAUUUGUCAUGGAAUUCCAGAUCUUAGACCUUUGGCGGAUGGCGACAUUUGUAAUGUUGAUAUCACUGUUUUCCAUCGAGAUUACCAUGGCGAUCUGAAUGAAACAUUUUUUGUGGGGGAGGUUAGCGAGGUAGCCAAGAAGCUGACUAGAGUAACCUGGGAGUGCUUACAGAAAGCCAUCCAGAUCGUCAAACCUGGAGAAAAAUAUAGAGAAAUCGGAAAUGUGAUUCAAAAACAUGCUCAAGCACACGGGUUUUCCGUCGUUCGAAGUUACUGUGGACACGGAAUUCAUCAGGUCUUCCACACUGCACCUAGUAUACCACAUUAUGCAAAAAAUAAGGCUGUUGGAGUAAUGAAGCCUGGACAUUGUUUCACUAUUGAGCCUAUGAUUUCGCAAGGAAGCUGGAGAGACGAGAUCUGGCCAGAUAAAUGGACUGCAGUAACAGCAGAUGGCAUGUUAUCAGCGCAGUUCGAGCACACGCUCCUUGUCACAAAUACCGGUGUCGAUAUUCUUACUGAUAGGUUAACGAAAAAUGGUCAACCCUAUUUCAUGGACAAAUUAUAACAUUUAACAUGACUUUAGGAGUGCCUUUUUAAUUAUUUUUAAUUUGUACAAUAAAGUGUUUCAAAUAUUUUUUAUUUUGUUUCUAAAUUAGUAUAAAAAUUAACAUAGUAAAUAAUGAAAUGAUCUUAUUUUAUAAUCUAGAUAGUAUGAACUAAUUAUCUUUUGUCUUCUGCUCAAAGUGGAACCAAUUUAAGAUUUUUCUUUUUGGUGUAAAAUAUCAAUAUAAAGCUUGUAACUUAAACUGGAUUGAUGAAUUUUU